GGCCCGGCGUCCCGGAAGCCGCGCGGCGUCGGCGGCCGCGACCGACCCCCGAGGAGGAGGAGGAGGAGGAGGAGGAGGCGCCGCCGCGGCCCGAGCAUGGCGGGCACGGCGCUCAAGAGGCUCAUGGCCGAGUACAAACAGUUGACGCUGAAUCCCCCGGAAGGAAUCGUGGCAGGCCCCAUGAACGAAGAGAACUUCUUCGAGUGGGAGGCGCUGAUCAUGGGUCCUGAGGAUACCUGCUUUGAGUUCGGAGUGUUCCCUGCCACCCUCAGCUUCCCGCUCGACUACCCACUGAGUCCCCCGAAGAUGCGCUUCACCUGUGAGAUGUUCCACCCCAACAUCUACCCUGAUGGCCGUGUGUGCAUCUCCAUCCUGCACGCCCCGGGCGAUGACCCCAUGGGCUACGAGAGCAGCGCUGAGCGGUGGAGCCCCGUGCAGAGCGUGGAGAAGAUUCUGCUGUCCGUCGUCAGUAUGCUGGCAGAGCCCAACGACGAGAGCGGCGCGAACGUGGACGCGUCCAAGAUGUGGCGGGACGACCGGGAGCAGUUCCAGCGUGUGGCCCGGCAGCUGGUGCAGAAGUCCCUGGGGCUCUGAGGGGCUCCCGCUGCAUCCUCGUAGGACAAGGCUUGUCCCCAGCCCAGCCCGCCCUUCUGAGCAGGUGUCCCGCCACCAGGGCCAGGCCGUGUUGUGUCCUUGUGGCUGUGGUAUGCCACGCUGGGAAUAAAGACUCGGAGCCAUGA